GCACUUCCGACACGGUGGGUGCUUCUCUCGGCUGUUGAUAGCGGCUUUUCGCUUCCACACGUGUAGUCAUUCCUAUGUGAAUCGCCCGCUCCUGGAUUUGUGUGUGUGAAGCCAGAGAAACCGGCAAUCAUGGGGGCUUAUCUGUCGCAACCUAACACGACCAAGACCUCUUCUGAUGGCGGCAACGGCACCAUGAGCUACGGCUUCUCCGCUAUGCAGGGCUGGCGUGUUUCCAUGGAGGAUGCUCACAAUUGUAUCCCGGAGUUUGAUGAGGAGACCGCCAUGUUUUCGGUGUAUGAUGGACAUGGAGGAGAAGAGGUGGCUCUUUACUGUUCAAAGUACCUUCCUGAUAUCAUCAAGGAGCAGAAGACAUAUAAAGACGGCAAACUGCAGAAGGCACUGGAGGAUGCCUUCCUGGCCAUUGACUGCAGAAUCACGACAGAGGACGUCAUCAAAGAGCUGGCUCAGAUCGCUUGGCGUCCCAUUGAGGAGCCGCCCGUUAAAAAGGUGGCAGACGAGGAUGACCUGGACACAGAGGAGGCGGCUCUGCUCCACGAGGAGGCCACCAUGACCAUUGAGGAGCUGCUAGUGCGCUACGGCCAGAAUAGGAACGCUAGCAAGCAAGCUGCUGCUAUCAGUGUGGCCGUCAAGAAGGCAUCGGGCCAGCCUCUUGAGUCCUCUGGACACAAAGGGGAGGGCGAGGAAGGACCCAAGAAGGAGGAGGGUGCAAACGGAGAGGUGGAGGAGGAGAGUAACGGCACAGGGAAAGACGGCGACACAGCCGCGUGUGGCUCCAAUCUGCGUGCCUGUCGGAGAGUGGCUACCAACGAAUUGUGCAGCUCAGCAUCAGACUGUAGCAGCUCAGGAAGUGCCAACGGAGAAGAAAAGGCCUGCAAGGCUGAGGUAGAUGCAGGUCCCUCCUGUUCCUCAUCCACCAAAGCUGGAGGUGAUUCCAAGUCUAGAUUCUUUGAUGACAGUGAGGAGUCUGAGGAGGAAGGGGAAGAAGAGGAGGAGGGCAGCGAUGAAGAGGAUGGCAGUGAAGAAGAAGAAGAAGAGGAGGAGGAGGAGGAGGCUGACAGCAGUGAAGAGGAAGAUACCGAAGAGGGAGAGGAAGACUCUGAAGAUGAAGACGAGGAGGGAAUGUGUCUACCAGGGAUGGACGGCAAGGAAGAACCGGGCUCAGACAGCGGGACCACGGCCGUCGUGGCUCUGAUCCGAGGCAAGCAGUUGAUUGUGGCUAACGCUGGAGACUCUCGCUGUGUGGUGUCAGAACGAGGAAAAGCUGUGGACAUGUCUUACGACCACAAGCCUGAGGAUGAGGUGGAGCUGGCUCGCAUUAAAAAGGCUGGAGGCAAAGUCACCAUGGACGGACGGGUCAACGGGGGACUCAACCUCUCCAGAGCCAUUGGUGAUCAUUUCUACAAGAGAAAUAAGGUUCUGCCCCCGGAGGAGCAGAUGAUUUCAUCCAUGCCCGAUGUGAAGGUUCUCACACUCAACGAGGACCAUGACUUCAUGGUCAUUGCCUGCGAUGGCAUCUGGAAUGUGUUGAGCAGUCAAGAGGUGGUUGACUUCAUCAGUGAGAGGAUCAAACCAGACCAGAGUGGCAUCGCCAGACCCCUUUCGUCCAUUGUGGAAGAGCUGUUGGACCAUUGUUUGGCUCCCGACACAUCUGGGGAUGGGACAGGCUGCGACAACAUGACAUGCAUCAUCAUCACCUUCAGGCCGCACCCGUCCCCAGCUCAGAGCCAGUCUGAUGACACUAAGAAGAGGAAGCACUCGGAUGAGGAGGCGGAGAACGGGAAUGACAGCAAAAAGGCCAAAAGUGAGGAAAGCUAAAGAAAACUGCUCACUUAAGUAAACGCAGCAGAGAAAAUGAAGUCCUGACCUCACACAAACGCUCACUUCACCCUUAAAACUGAAUCGACAAAAGCUCCAGUGCGCUUCUGUUUUAAGAUGGCUCCUCACUUUAAGUUGUCGUUCGCUCUCAUUGGAAAAGGCACGAGAGAGAGCCCGUUGUAGCUUGUCUUUUUGUCCAAGCUACAGUUGUAGCAGGUUAAUUCCUGACUCUCGGCAACACUUUUUCUACCUGGCUACUGCACACUUUUGCCAAGAUGGAAGUUUGAGCAUACAGUACAGGCCAAACGUUUGUAUAUACACAAUACAACCCCAUGGUCCCAAUCCCAUUUAUAAGGCAAGAGAUUCCACUCAGUAACCCUGACAAGGCACACCUGUGAAGUGAAAACCAUUUCAGGUGACUACCUCAUGAAGCUCAUUGAGAGAGCACCAAGGGUUUGCAGCGCUAUCAAAAAAAAAUGAUUAGGCAUGAAAUAUGUCUAAAAUAUAAGACAUUUAUAGUUUUGAGAAUCUACAAUGUAAAUAGUCAUGAAAAUAAAACACAUUGAAUGAGAAGGUGUGUCCAAACUUUUGGCCUAUACUGUACUUCGUGAUUCUGUUAUCUUUUUUUUUUUUUUUCCUUCCCCCCCCAAGCAGCUGCACAAACCCCCUCUUUUGGGGUUAUAAAGCGGUCACGGCCUCUCUGCUAAGUGCCAUAAAAGUUGUGUUUGGUCUGCACGCAGAGCGCAGAGGCCAUGUUUGACGUGACCAAGUGGAUGUUUGAGUUGCAUUCAAUUUUCUUCUCUGCCCUUCACCUUUUUUCUUCAUUCCUGCUUGUCUUUGAUGUUUAAAUGUCUAAUGCAGAAUAAUUGCCUGACUUUUUUUGGAAGCAAGAAAAUAUUUUUUAUCUCCUGAUAUGUAACACGUCCAUCCAGACACAUCCUAUAGCCUUCAAAUAUAUAACUUUUUUUUUUUUUUUAAUAAAGAUUCCGACAUUUUAAGUAAAGACAAUUUCUACAGUUUCUUUCUAAGAUCUUUUUUCUCUAACAGAGGCCAUUCAUGAAACGUUCCGCUAUGGAGGCGCCAAUUUUCUUCUUGAGUGGUACAAUUUAGACGUAAAAUGUAACGAUCAAAGGUUGUCCCCCCCUCAUCCACCCAAUCCAUCCAUUAAUCUUUGUGACUGUGUGUUUGGUUCUUCUCACAUGUCCCUUUCCCCUGUACAUAGUUGUUUUUCUCUCACAAAGAAAGCUGUUUCUUUAUACAAUAAUUGUAAGUCAGUGUAACAUUUUUGGUGCAUCCUCUUUUGACACCAGUAUGGUACAUACAAAUAAAUUUUUUUUUAAAUAAUCAGACAAAGGUCUGUUUCUCAAUGUGUCUAUGACCUUGAGUUUAUCAGGUACAUUUUCACACACACCUAAUUUUAGGUCUUUGGUUAGCGACGGAAAGCAAUGGGGAAAAAUUGUACUGCAAUCUGCUGUUUUGUCUAGAGAAGUAGUUUGCAAAGUGCAAGGUGGGCCACAGAUUUUCAGUGGGCGUGCAGCAGCUUGAGACAUACUGAACAUUAUUAAAAUGUGCUAAGAUAGCGAGUUAUUUUUUUUUAUCUCUGACAGUGAAAGGACACAGCAUUGAGCAGACAAAAUAUGCCCCAGAAAAUCC